AUGGGGUUAGCCGUGGCCUUCUCUGAGGUGUGGCAGGGAGAUGCCACCAAGUCCGAGUCAGAGCCCGAUUUCUUCUCACCCAGCCUGGAUGGUGACGGGGACAGGAAGAAGCGCCUGGCCUUGGUGUCCCUGGGAGAGCACCCAGAGCUGCGGAAGAACCUGCUGCCGCCUCUUAUCAUCCACACGGCCGCCACGCCCAUGUCGCUCCCCAAGAGUUCCAGCACCGGCCUGGCCGAGGCGCUGGGCCCCGCCUCCCGCCGCACCAGCAGCAGCGGGUCUGCUGAGCCAGGGGCGGCCCAUGAGAUGAAGUCACCGCCGAGCGCCCGCAGCUCUCCGCACAGCCCCUGGAGCGCGGCAAGCAGCUGGACCAGCAGGCGCUCCAGCCGGAACAGCCUGGGCCGAGCCCCCAGCCUGAAGCGAAGGAGCCCGAGUGGGGAACGGCGCUCCCUGCUGUCGGGCGAGGGCCGGGAGAGCCAGGACGAGGACGAGAGCUCGGAAGAGGAGAGAGCCAGCCCGGCGGGCAGCGACCGUCGCCACAGGGGCUCCCUGGAGCGGGAGGCCAAGAGCUCCUUUGACCUGCCGGACACGCUGCAGGUGCCCGGGCUGCACCGCACAGCCAGUGGCCGCAGCUCGGCCUCCGAGCACCAGGACUGCAAUGGCAAGUCGGCCUCGGGGCGC